CCUGACACGAAUCCACCGACUGAAGCAAUCGACCACGUCCUCACUGGUCAGGCAUCCAUACCACGUCCGAGUGUGUUGAAUUACGUGCAAGUCAUUGAUCGGGCGCGAUUGGUCGAUCACACAUUCGGUGCGAAUCCAGUCCCUUCCAACAACGUUUUAUCUGGUGGGCACGAUGAGGAGGGAACUCCGACUUCAUAUCAGUCACAACCGUUUUUCGUGGCCAAUAGCGCACAAUUCGAUCAUUCAUGUGUCUCAAGAAAAUCAUUCGAUUCUCAUCAAAAUGUUUGGCGCUGCAAUAUGGUCUCGGUUGACUGGGAUUCGGUCAGGCAUUGGUCUCGAUUACAUCCGGUAUACUCGUCAAAGUGUUGUGAAUUCAACUUGCAACCACUCCAGUCUAAUGUGGUUCAACCCUCAACUGAGCAAGGCGUUGACAAAAACAUUGUCUCACUGCUGUAUCGUAUCCAGUUUCGUCGUCAUGCUUGUCUGCUAUACAGUCGCGUCGUAUGCACGUCAGCCAGAGGGGCCGUAUUGCAUCAGAUGCGCGUGAAUGGAAUUGGAUCGGGAAUGAAAUGCCUGGAUUCCCGUCGCUAUUCUUCCUGUUUCACACGUGGACGUGAUAUUGCACAACUGGUACUGGGCAGUCUGUGCGGGCGGGGAGAGCAGGACAGUUGGAUCGAUGUGAAAGUGGAUACACGUGUAGAUCUUGGUGGUCCUCCGGUCAGUCUGCUGAUUCAAUGCGCGACAAUCACCGGACUGGACACUGCGUUGUGCUCGCAUCGUCAGCACGUGGUUACCGCAUCCGAGGCGAAUGCAGAAACAGAGCUGAUUAGACAGAAACGACAAUCGCAGAAGAAUUCUGUCAGUUGCGCUUUCUAUCUUGAAACGAUCCCGCUGCAAAUGAACACAUUCACAACCGUGAGCAUCAUUUGCGACCUGAAAUUUAACGAACCGGCCCCUAAAUCCGUCAACACCAGCAUGAUGUGCCUGUCGAUUUCAACCGUGACAGAACCUCCGUGCGCAUUUCGCCUAUACGUUCCAGUGUAUGCCGUAGGCCAAUACUAUACGAUUAAAUCUGUCAACUACAUUAGAUUAGUCGGAGUGGAAAAGGUGACGUACGAUUUACAGAAGAACAAUGGUGCAAAUGUGAUCAGUGAUACCAUUCACUUUGUCGUGAACGUGCGUCCUGCGGAUUGCAGUCUGUUGUUGAAACACAUAUCGGUCCCACUGACAGUGGUCGUGUGGAUGGAUCAGACUCAGUUCCCGAUCCCGCUUUAUACGAUGCCAGUCAACUGCACAUAUGAGGCCCAAACUAUCCAACUGAAUGUGGAUGUAGUUACGUCCAGCAACAUUGCAUCCGCGGGCUCACCGAAUUUGCCCUCGCAAUCGGAAUGCGAGAAAAUCACGAUGAUUUUGCAUCACAGUCCAUGGGUGAGUUCGGUUGAGUUCGCCAACUUGAACUCGACCAUAUUCGGCUCGAUGCAACAAGAAGACAGACUGAGUACCAUUCGGACUCGCGGUCUUCAUGUGGGAGAAGAGUGGAACUGGAACGCUAUCGUCCAAUUCAAACCUCAAUUUAAUUUUCCGAACAACCGAAAGUUUCAGAUGCAAUCCCUCACUCUGGAAGUGCUCUGUUACACGUUCAUCAAUACACCGAAGACCAACGGAACAGCAUUUAUGGCUACCAAACCGGUGCUGUUACAGUCGUCUCCAGUUCGCCUGCAAGUGUUUCGAAAAGCAAACUGUCAUGUCCAGACCUAUCGACAGACAUAUUUGAAUUCGGAUUUGCACUGGACCUCGUGUGCCGGGGACGCAAUGAAACCGUUUCGACGACAUGUGAACAUCCUGUUCGGUCGGCUGAUCACUGUGUACGUGGUAUCGUUUAAUCUCUCGUUCACUUCGAAUCAGAUCCGAAUGAGUGAAAUCUUCAUUACAAACGACGGGAUAGCAUUUACCCUAGUAAAGAAAGAGGCCCUAUUUGUCAAACUCGAUAACACUUCUUCCAUCCACGUUCUACAUAUACCUAUUCUUACCCGCGGUCUCCGGAUUGUGCCGAUAGACGGUGAAUUAUUGGAAGAUAUACCGUACGUAUCGAUCUAUGGCAUUUCAGAGGAAAUUGAUCACUACAAAUUCGCAUUAGGUCCGAUGGUUUCUCAGAUUCUUACUUAUCAACAGAAGGAGAGGAUAUACGUGGGUCUUGGACCUGAAGGAGAGAGUAUUGUGAUGGCCACCGAUAUUCGCACUCAGUGGAUUGGAAUAAACCUAUCCAGAUAUAGCCGGAUCAUCAAUGAGAGCAUUCAUGUGAAUACCACAUAUGUGCCAUGGGAUCGAACCACGACAUUCAACGAGACGCUUACCGGAAUGCAGUGUAUACUCUACACUCGAGGUUAUUGGAAUGGUGAAUGUGCUCAGUUGGUACUGCGCGUCAUCAACGACAUGCCCGAUCAGGACCCGGUCCGACGAUCCGUAGAUAUGGUUUCUGGUGCUGGAUCCACUCGUUGGUCGGACAACUGGAAAGAAUUGGACGGGGGAAAUGGCAGACACGUGAAGCACAUGUUCUCAUUGGCAAUCUGUGUGAAGAUAAGCACCGGACACUAG